GGUGCGGAUUCAAAGAUGGCGGAAGAGGAGAGCCAGUUUGAAGAAUUUGAGCAAAUAGACUUUUUAAGAGAUCGACAUGUUCGGUUCUUCCAGAGAACACUGCAGGUGUUACCCGAGCGGUACGCCUCGCUCGAAACAACCAGGUUAACUAUCAUAUUCUUUGCCCUGUCUGGCCUGGAUGUGUUGGACGCUCUGGAUGUGAUCGAUAGAAACGUCAUGAUUGAGUGGAUCUACUCGCUUCAGGUUUUGCCCACAGAGGAUCAGUCUAACCUAAGUCGUUGUGGGUUUCGAGGAUCGUCCCAUAUUGGAAUUCCUUACAGCACUAAGGGUCCAGGUGUGCUCCAUCCAUACGACAGUGGCCAUGUAGCCAUGACUUACACUGGGCUGUGCUCCCUGCUGAUACUGGGAGACGACCUGAGCAGGGUGAACAAGCAGGCUUGUCUAGCUGGUCUAAGAGCACUGCAGCUGGAGGAUGGCAGUUUCUACGCAGUGCCAGAGGGAAGUGAAAAUGACAUACGGUUUAUCUAUUGUGCAGCCAGUAUCUGUUACAUGCUGGAUGACUGGUCAGGCAUGGACAUCCAAAAGGCCAUCGAGUACAUCAGGGGAAGUUUGUCGUACGACAGCGGGUUUGGCCAGGGAGCUGGGCGAGAGUCACACGGUGGCUGGACUUACUGUUCCAUAGCCUCUCUGUGCCUGAUGGGUCGCCUGGAGGAGGCGCUGAGUCAGCGGGAGCUGGACAGGAUCCGGCGCUGGUGCAUCAUGAGGCAGCAGACCGGCUUCCAUGGGCGGCCCAACAAACCUGUAGACACAUGCUACUCCUUUUGGGUUGGAGCUACGCUGGAGCUCUUAGAUGUGUUCCAGUACACAAACUUUGACAAGAACAGGAGCUUCAUCCUCUCCACGCAGGAUCGGUUGGUGGGGGGAUUCGCCAAGUGGCCGGACAGCCAUCCAGACCCCCUCCAUGCUUACUUAGGGCUGUGCGGUCUGUCUCUGAUCGGAGAGCCCAGCCUGAGGAAGGUCCACCCAGCUCUUAACAUCACCCAGAGAGCCUUUCAGCACCUCCAGCAGCUGCAGCAGACGUGGAGAGACAGCACGGGCAGCUGCAGCAGACAGCUCUGACAGCAGGAUCGUCCACGGCUCUGUCUCUGAACAGGUUCAGUCAUCAGGAACACCUAACAGUAGUCUGUGAGAGGCCACUGGAAACUGCUGUUUUGUCUUAGAAACUGUUGGUCACUCAUCUGAGAGACCUCCUCAUUUCAGGAAGGUUUGAAAGACUUACAUGGAGCGGUCUGUGUAAAGUGACUUUUUCUCUUUGUCGAGCAGUAUAAGUCACUCUUCUUUCUUUUUUUUUUGCUGCCUUUUUAUGAGUAGACUGUAGGGAAUGACAGUGUUCAUUGUGAUUUGUUGCAGUUUAAAACAUGUGCCAGAAAGUCAAAUUUGAGCUGCUAGAAUCUUGAAAAUAUUCCAGAUGCCUCAACUUUGCGAAGUCCUUUUGGAUAAUGAAGCGAUGAAGCUUUAUUGCACCUUAGCCUCAUCAUCAUCAUAGUGGACAACACAAUCUGCUGUAAACCAUCCUAUCCAGGGAUGAACCACCAAGCAAAGGCAUCAGAAACAACCUCAGAGUACUGGUGAAAACGGUCUGAGUAGAGACACUAAGGCGUUGCUAGCUGUCUGCUUGCUAUCUGAAUUAUGUCCCGUUUUGCAGAUAAACGUUUGCGAAAAAAGGAUCGUUUAACUUUUAAUGAAUACCCCUGCAUUCUCAGAUACCAAACACUCUGUUGCCUUUUCCUCCCUGUACCUUACAUCUUGCAUCUCUGCUUUCCUAACAUCUCAAUCCUUCCCCUGAAAACCUCCUCAAAGCCUCAAAGCUCUCCAGUCCCACAGGUGUGAUUCAUGCCUGGCAGGUAGACUCUCUCUCUUCAGCUCUCUGCAGGUUCACCACUUGAGGGUUUUGUUCAGCGAUCAACUGAGAUUUGAAAUCAGAAUCGAGCUGCUGGGGUGAAAUGAAUGGAAAAUGCAGCACAGCGCCGACAACCGCCUUAAGGGUCAGAGCUAUGAUUCAGAAAAUAAAAUUAAGAGCGCCCUAGAAAGAAGAUUAAACAAUGACUUUAGCUACGGGCGUUAUCUUUUAAGAUCGCAGAUAGCAUGCCGUUCGCAGCUUUCUCAAGGCAAACAGAUAAGAUUCAGCGUCUUAAGGGCAGAAGGGGAAAAUUCCUUCUUUCUUGCGGGGUAUUUCCCUUCUGUUUAAUCCACUGAUCCCCUCUCGACAUCCCCUGACUCCUGAACCCUGAACUGAUCUGAGCAGCUCCUCCUUCACCAGUUUUCCAUCCUCCCUUUAAGGCACCGUGCAGCCUGCAAAUCAAUAAGACAAAAGAUGAAACAAGUGACGUCAUAACUAGGAGAUGUGUAUUCUUUAGAACGGCACUGAGAGCUGACUUGUUGUUCUGGUAAAAGAAAGGACGCAGGGCAAAAACAAAGAACAAUGCACACGAGCAGACUGUGCCACAGAAACAAUCUGACGUGUUUGUCACUUCCUGUUGAGUCCAUAUAAUGUCGACUUCCAACAAAGAGCGAGGUUUGGACACCUGGACUCUCUGUUGCAUUACCCAUUGUCUACACAAAUGAUCAUACAUUCGACCUUCAGCCUUCUUUUCCUUAAGCUGUGCUGAAGAGAGGAAGUGAAAUCAUAAGAUCCCAACAUGAGACGUGGUGUGGAAACUGCAGGAUAACUCCUGAUACAACAUCCAUUAUCAUGAAAAUAUCCUGACACAGCUGUUUCACCUCUGAUCAUCCUUUAACUUCCCUUCACUGCCACGUUAUCCCUCUUUCAAAUUCUUCUUUUAUCCUGCCUUUUUCUUCAUCUUUGCCCAUAUAUUAUUCCAUAAUCUGUUCCAUGAGUCUGGAUGACAUUAUAUUGCCAUAUUGCUAUUUUGUCCCAACCCUAAAAAAAGGCAAAUUAAAUAGUGUAAAUGUCAACCUGCUCCACAUGCCCUCAGAGCUCUGAUCCUUGCUAUUCCAGCUUCACAGGUUCCUGCAGCCUCCCUGCUGAAGCCACACCCUUUUUGAUUAUAAGGCUGCUUUCCACAGCGAACACCUGCUCCCUGAGAUGGAGAGCGAGGCAGAAAUAGUGGUCUGUCAACACCUUACCUGCAGGGGGGAAUCUACUGUGUGUAGCACCAGCUCUGACUAGAUAUAAAAAUAGUAUCCACCUCUGUGUUUCUCUCCGCCAUGUUUGAAAUGAACCUGGCCUCGUCCCUCUCCCCGCCAACUUGACCUGGAUUUUUAUGUGUAGAAAGCAGAGCAGGGAGACAGAGGAAAGGAGAGAAGUGGGGAGGGGAGGUGACUAAAUAAAUAAUACGUCCCAUCUAUUAUUGAAAGUAAAGCGUCGGAGGCUUCUGUGUCCUCUCUGAACCUUGACCAAAGCUGUUGUUCAGCUUUGUUUUGGUGCAGGAACAAUAGCUUUGUGUUCAGCUGUGUCCUAUAGUGCUACAUUGUUUUAACUCUGAGUCUGUUUUUGCCUCAGACACAGUUCUGCUCUUGCUGACUUCUACCUUGCCAUUUUUGUUACAAACAUUUUGUGACUUUCAGCAUUAGAUUUCAUAUGUUUUACAUGUGUUUUUUCAUUUUUUCCAUUUUUUUUAAUUGACAAAGGCAAUUCACUUUUAAUUAAAAAAUCUAAUCACGGCUCUGGAGAAAUUUAGAGACCACUGACAAAAUAUGUAUUUCUCUGGUACUUCUAUUUAGAGGUUUGCUUGAAUGAAAUUAACUUGUUUUGUUUAAUGUUAUACCACAUUUCUCCCUACUUCGAAAUAAGAUGUACUGAAGGCAUUGCAUUUUGAGAAAAUGGAAACUUUAUUAAGAAAACAAAAUGAUGCAGUAUUUUUCAGACGGCAAGUAAUGCAACAAAAACUGGUUUCUUUUAAAUUUUUAAAGUGCAGAUUAUUAAUGUUUCAACUUAGAAAGAGUUCACUUAGGAGCACUGGAUAGUCGAAGAUAGUAGAAGGUCAUGUGGUACGCCCAGUGCAUGGAGGCUACAGUCCUCGUCGCAGCAGCCGUGGGUUCGAAUCCGACCUCGGCGCUUUGCUGCACGUCAUCCCCCACUCUCUCUCUUCCCAAGAUUUUCCUUCUCUCUUUUGCUGUCGUGUCUCAUUAAAGCAAAAAUGGCCAAAAAAUAACUUGAAGGAGUUCACUAAUGCAUUGUGUAGAACCAGAGGGAAACAUACUUCUGCAGUGGUCUCUCCUUUUUUCUUUUUUUUUUUUUUCAGAGUUGUAUGUUCUAGUUUAUCCCCUUCUGGUUGAAUAUUUACAAAAUAUCCUAAAUCUGAGAAGUCCUAAGUCAGAAACGCACCUAAAGAAAGUGAUUGUGUCUCCAGUGCAUCUCCUGAAAUGACCACUUUUACAGCUGCCUUCUGUUUGGAUCUCUCUGUGUUUAAAGAAGGACAAAUACUCCCGAAAACUUAAACUCUGAAAAAAUGUGCCUCAUGUAACUUUUGUUCUGGGUCACCGCUCUCUUGAUGCUCCUCUACGUGAACAGCAUGCCUAAAAUGGGCAUAGCUUUGCUGUUUCUGUUCUGUAAAGAAAAGCACCAAAAAUAUGUGCUCUCUACAUGGAACAGAGUGAAGGCAUAUUUUGAAACUUGACUUUCCCUCUGCCUGGCUUUGCAGGGUCCUCUUAUCCAAUCAGACGAAGGCUUACUGAUUGAGGUCAUUUUACCUGCGCGUCUGAUCGUUGACGUUUAUUCCAGAAGGAGAGAAUAAUUCAUUUAGGCCGAAGCCAUAACUGCUUACUCGACUUUAAACGGGAUGACAGAUUUGAUGGACGAAGCUGCUUCUUUCUGCAGAGUUUUAUAUCACUUCUCACUUUUGCUACGUUACGCUGUAGUUGGCGCUCUCGGUCCGAACAGCAUGAAAAGACGGGACGAGGCUUUGCGCUUUUAAGCAGACUGCUGGAAAAGCCGCCUGGAUGCUGAAUAGAUGUAAAGAAUCAUGAUUUUCUUUUGACAUGCAGCUGAAAUGCUACAAAAUGGGCAAUUUGAACCUUUGCUUCGUCAUCAUUAAACAUACAUAAUGCAAUAUUGAAUAAUGUAACAAUACAUGUAACGGAAUUUAUUUUUUCUAUGCUUUGUAGAAAUAUUGAGUGUAGAUAAAUAUGUAAAUGUCUUUAAAUAUGUGACUUCUUUUGUGCAAGUGCUCAAGAUCAAAUCAUGUUUACAGGUACAGCUUUGAGAUGGUUAGAGGAGUUUGAAGAGCAAACGUUUAAUGUAUUCUAUUACUUCAGCUUCCAGUUUGAGGAGAGUGAUCUGGAUUUAAGCUUGGUGGUGCAUGCUGUAUAUAUGUUGAAUAAAAAGGCAUACUAACUUUUACAAUU